GCCGCGAGCAUCCAGCCGACAAGCUAGCCGGCUGCUCGGCUUGUUGACAUUCCAUCCCGGGCCGGCGACCCGCCAGCUCUCGCCACUGAAUCUAAAGCAGCCUACGAAUACAUGUUGCAAAGAGCGUGCAGUACACACCUCAGAGCUGCAGGUGGCGCUGGGUAGAGUUGGUUGGCUCGUUACCCGAAGAAGAAGAAAGACAAAAAGCUAUACGUAGAAGAAGAAUCCGGCUGUUUUGAUUCCCUCUGUGCCGUUGGCUCAACAGAGCAUCACUUUGUCAUCACUGCCCCUCAACAGGACAACAACUGUAUGUUUUCAGUGAGAAGACUCAAGAAUAGCUCACCUUCAUGUGUUUGCUGCAGCGGUAAUGAUGGCGGGUAGGGGCAGGCUCGUGCCCUGUGCAUGUCUGGGGCUGUUCGGUGUCCUUUGCUGGGUCUGGGUCUCUUUCGCCUCCUUUACAGAUGACCAACUUCCUCCGGGGGCACCGGAUGCACUGGACCGGGGGGCCUUUCAGCCCCAGAGUGCUCUGUCAGAGAUGGAGUUUGCCUCCGUCGGUCCAUACAGAGGACCUGGCAACAAUGACCGCCGCAACAACAAGGAGCUGCCCAUCCUCCUGUGGUGGAGCGGAGGUCUGUUCCCACAUUUCCCCGGGGACUCUGAACGCAUCGACUGUGCCACAUCGUCCUGCCUGGUCACGAGCAACCGCAAGGUCCAGCUGUACAAACGGACCACAUCCAUCAUCUUUUACGGAACAGACUUCCGGGCGUAUGAGGCGCCACUCCCUCGUCUCCGCCACCAGACCUGGGCCCUGUUCCACGAGGAGUCGCCCAUGAAUAACUACAUCCUCUCCCAUGGACCGGGGAUCAGGCUGUUCAACUACACCGCCACGUUUCGCAGGGAGUCCGACUAUCCUCUGACCCUGCAGUGGCUGCCUUCGCUGGAUUACCUGCUGGGGCCUGUGGUCGUGUCCCUGGAGGAGAAGAACCGGCUGAGGAGGAAGGGCCUGGGUCCGGUGCUCUACAUGCAGUCCCACUGCGAUGUACCAUCUGACAGAAACAGAUACGUUCAGGAGCUCAUGAAGUAUAUUCAGGUGGACUCUUAUGGGAAAUGCCUGAAUAACAAACCUCUGCCCGUCCAUCUGGAGGACACCGCCACGGCUACCGGCGAAGAAGCCGGCUUCAUGAAUUUUGUCGCACGCUACAAGUUUCACCUGGCGAUGGAGAACGGCCUGUGUCCUGAUUACAUGACGGAGAAGCUGUGGCGGCCUCUCCAUCAGGGCUGUGUGCCUGUCUAUCGCGGCUCCCCAGUGGCGGCGGACUGGAUGCCCAACGACCGCUCCGCCAUCCUCGUGGAUGACUUUGCCUCCCCGAAAGCUCUGGCUGAAUUCCUCAAACACCUUGAUGAGGACGAUGAAGAGUAUGCUAAAUAUUUAGAGUUCAAAAACCCCAGCCGCAUCACUAACCACCGUUUGUUGGAGGCUCUGGAGACCCGCGAGUGGGGGGUUAAUGACAUGAGUAAACCCAAUUACCUGAAUGGAUUUGAAUGUUACGUGUGCGACCGGGAGAAUGCGCGACUGGCGGCAGAACGAGCCAACAGGAAAGCCCCUAAAACGAACCGGCCGCCUCAGUCUAAGAUGGCCAACAACUCUCACAUGGGGUGCCCGCUGCCCAGCCCGGGGUACGGACACGUCAAAGACCUACCUGCAGACGACGGAUGGUUGCAAAUAUGGCCUCAGGAUUACUGGCAGAGCCUGGACCAAGCAGAGGGGCUGGAGUCUUUGAUAAGACUUAACGAGUCGGACCCUUCGCUGCUGUGGAAGCACAUCCAAAACAUGGCUGUGAGCAGAGCCAGGGGGAAACACUGACACAGACCUCCAAAACAAACGGGAGGCUGGAGCGCAUCCAGGAUUGCAGAGGUGUCCCAUAUUAUGAGCCCUCUGUUUGAAUUAGAAAUUGAAGCAGAAAUCACUGACACGUUUUCACAAAACGUCUUUACCCUUAUGAACGAUCGAGUUCUGCUAGAAUAGAUUUUAGCUCACAUGAUUCGUUUGUCCUUUCUCCCAUGUUUGGUAAUGGGAAGAUAAUGUUCUGUAGUAUUUUCAUUGCUAAAACUGAGGUGCCAUCAUUGCCCUUACGGCGCCUCACAUUGUUAACAUUAACUGCUUGCAGUGCAAUUGUUCCACAGAGGCACAUUCUCACCGGAGGGGGAUUUUUGUUGAACUGGGGCGGAGCCAAGGGAGCUGUGCCCAACUGUGUGUGAACCCCAUCAAACCAGUAGCAAACCCGAUUAGCUUCUUCAGGCACUCCGCAGGAAGCUGAUGGUUGUUAGCUAAAGUCAGUUAUGUACACAGUUAUUUUAAAUGUCUAUGCCAGGAAAGUAUUGUUUCAUAGAGGUGGGAAGAAAGGCAAAUGUAAAGUUAAGCACAUCGGUCUUAUGGGAAUUCACGACUGCUUUUACAAAAUAGAACUCAGGAACAGCUCAUCUAAGGAAUUUCUUUUGCUGUUACUUAACAACUUCGCCCCAAUAGCUUUGUUACACGAUGCUAUUUUAUGAGAUAUUUAUGUGGAAUAGUUUUAAUAAUGCUUUUCGAGAACACGUGACUGCUUGAGACUCGGUGACAGUCCUGUGUGACGUGACUUUGCAUCACAUUUUUCUAGCGGCUUUGUAUAAAUCAUUUUUAUUUUUUUCAACAAAACAGUCAUGUGAACACACUUUUGUAUCAAGAGGAACACUUUUUAAUAAAGUCAUUUAUUUGCAA